AUGUUGUGUAAUGGUUUAGCUGGUCCGCCUAGAUUCAAGCAGAAUCAGCGAGUUGUUCAUGAAGUAUUUCUCAAUGAUAAAGCCAUAUUCAAGUGCACUGCUUUGGCGAGACCAGCGCCAAAGAUACACUGGUUCCGAAAUGGGAAAUUUCUAGAUCAUUCAGCUUAUGCUACCAACGAACGUUUACGUGAAAACAAAAAACAUUUCUCUUUAGAGAUAAAAAGAGUCGAAGUUAGUGACCAGGGGUCGUGGGCUUGUAAAGUAUGGAAUCAAGCUGGAUCUAUAUUUCGUAAUUUCACACUGGAAAUAAUUGAUUUUUGUGAUUAUUUCCUCAUGCAUGAAUUUCCCACCCAAAAUGUUCCUGAGAAAUGCAUCUGUCUGUGGUACUUCACGGGCGAGUAUCGGAAAGAUGGUAUAAAUUGGACUGAAGUCAAUGAUGAUCGUUGUGAACUUUUCAAAAAAUAUGCGUACAAAAUUCGGAAACCUUUAGGAAAGAAAAUUUGUGAAAAUGGUGUUUGCGGUAAUGAAUUACCAGGAGCAGACACGCAUGAAAUUUUGCAAGGAAUUGGGCUGCAUGAUGCCAUGCCAAAUAAUGUAAUGCAUGAUCAACAACAGCAAAUCGCUGACCCAGUAAAGUUACUCGACUGGUUGGUGGAAAAUAAUUGGGCGGAUGUGAGUCAUUUGCUAACGAGUUUGUUAACACGGCAAAAACUUGCAUCCGUUAAGUCAUCAUUGAGUGAUUGGAGUACUUUAGAUAAUGUUGAGAAACGUCUUCGGGCACGAACACUUCUUCAACACGAUAUACCUGACAUUAGUGCAAAUAUCACGGCUGAUCAUAUUCAAAAUACUGAUGUUGAAGAAAACGAAGCUGACAUUUUAAUGCAUUUUAUGGAUAACCACUCCAAUGAAAUUGAUGAGACAGUGAUGGGAAGGUCUCCCAUUGAUUUGCUUAUGCAUGAUCAACCGCGAGUAGAUUCAUAUAUUGAAAGAAAUCCUCCUGAUAUUGCGCCGAAGGCACCUUAUAUUCCAGUUGAGGCUACCGUCACUGCUACUUUUACAGCAGCUACAACUAAAACGAUUUUUUCGCACGUUACAAAUUCAUUCUCAACGCGUUCCACAACUACCCGUCGUGUUUUUGCUCUUCAAAAAGUACCACCAUACUUCAAAGUACGUGAUGAAGAUGCAGAUACUUCAGUUAUCACACCUUCCGGAAGAACUAUUAAACUGCAGUGUAAAGCUGGAGGACAGCCAGAACCACAGGCAAUUCUUUUCAUUUAUAGCAUUAUAUUAAAGAUACAUUGUAUUCGCCGCGAUAUAUUAAAUAAUGUUACUGAACCUUUUAGAAAAAAUACAUUAGAGAUAGAAGACGUUGCGGAAUCAGAUUCAGGUGAUUACACUUGUGAGGCAUUCAAUUCGGCUGGUUCAGUCACGCGAACUUUUAAAUUACGAGUUGUUGACCGAAUGCGUUCAAAACCGAUUAUUGUCCCUAAUAUUCUUGUUAAUCAAACUGUUGAUGCUAACAGUAGCGUUAAUUUCACUUGCAAGGUGAUAUCUGAUCUAACACCACAUAUUGUUUGGAUGCGUAUCGAAAUGACAAAUGAUUCCAUUUAUUACUGGAAUGAGACGGAUCGUAAAUAUGUUUUUCGAUACACGGAUAUGCAAUCAGUUGAGAAUGCCAUUGUGACGAAGACAUCUCAGGAUUCAUCAACACUAACAAUUGUCAAUGUUACUCUAGCCGAUCAAGGAAUGUAUGCAUGUGUAUCUGGUAACCAUCUAGGCCAUGCCAUAGCAAAUGCAACGUUAACAGUCAAUGAGUUUCAUGCGAUGACGCUGGCAACGGCUAAUCCAUCUACGAAAUGGUCUCGUCUAUCCGUUGUGGCUGUAAUUGUCUUGUUUGUCUUACUUACUUUGACUCUGUCCACUACUUUAUUUUACAUUUUUUGCAUUCGGAAGCAUUCAAAGGCACAAAUAGCCGAAAUGGAGCAAUUCAUUGGACCAGUCAAAAAAAGAGUUAUCGUUACAAAGCAGCCAAUGGACCCAGAAAAUGAUGGUUGGUCUGAUAUGCCAUCUACUUACCAAAUUCAUGUGGAACCAAUUCCAAUGUCUGGGACGAGAAUACCAAGACUUUCGAGUGAUUUAACUUUUUUGUCAGACUAUGAAAUUCCACCGGAUCCUGCUUGGGAAGUGGAGCGAUCGAGAUUGCGUUUUGUGGAAAUGUUGGGAGAAGGGGCGUUCGGGGAAGUUUGGAAGGCAGUGCUGAAAAUAACGCGAUCAUCUUUAAGCCAAGAAGUACACGAGGAAGAGGUAGCCGUCAAGAAACUGAAAGCAUCAGCUCAUGAAAAAGAGUUAAUUGACUUGGUUAGUGAGAUGGAAACGUUCAAAAUAAUUGGUCAUCAUGAAAAUUUGCUUCGUUUGAUUGGAUGUUGCACUGGUACUGGGCCAUUGUACGUCAUAGUAGAGUUAUGCAAGCAUGGUAAUUUAAGGGAUUUUCUAAGAGCACAUCGUCCCCGAGAUAUCGAUGGCAUUUCACAAAUUCCUGAAGCAUUUAAUAAUGGAACAGGAACUUGUGCUGGCAACGAUCAUUAUUUAGAACCGAGGCGAUUGCAGCGAAAAUUAACUAUAGCAUCAACGCAUGACCAGCCAGUGCUUAUCAAACAUUUGACGCAACGGCAUCUUGUGCAGUUUGCUUGGCAAGUAGCUAAAGGAAUGGAAUUCAUGGCUAAUCGCAAGAUAAUUCAUCGUGAUUUAGCUGCAAGAAACGUUCUAGUUGCGGACGGUUUUAUAUUAAAAAUAUCUGACUUCGGUCUAUCUCGCGAUGUACGUUAUAAUGAUUAUUACCGAAAGAAAGGAAAUGGACGAUUACCAAUUAAAUGGAUGGCAUUAGAAGCAUUGGAUUCCCAUGUAUACACAAUCUACAGCGAUGUCUGGUCAUUUGGUAUACUGCUUUGGGAAAUAAUGACUCUUGGUGGUACGCCCUAUCCAUCAAUUGCAAUGCAACAGCUGUAUUCGUGUUUAAAAGAAGGAUAUCGAAUGGAAGCUCCAGAUAAUUGCCCAGAAGAAGUGUAUGAUGUCAUGGUUGCUUGUUGGCAGGAGAAACCUGAGAAUCGUCCGAGUUUUGACACUUUAGUAGAUUAUUUUGAUUGGAUGCUUACUCAAUCAGCUCGUGAUCAAGAGAAUUAUUUGGAUGUGCAGUCUAUGUCAAGUGACGAAAGUGAAGUUAGGAAUAUUGCACCACUGCCUCCUCUUACAUCAUUACGAUCUUUAGAGAGUCCAUCGGGGCGCAGAAAAGUAAGGCCACUAUCAGAGCCUGUGUUAAGUGCGAGUGAACCGGUAAUCGAUCACGACUCUGAUCCAGAGUUUGAUAAUGAUUGUCACCUUUUGUUACCAGAAGAAAAAACUAUAUUGUACGAAAAGCAAAAUAAUCCUAACGCGCAUUGCGCAUUUGUUAGACGAUAUCCUGUAAUUCCACUCCCAGCAACAGAUACGUCUAAUGAGCGUAGCUUGAACACCACAGCCGCCCUAUCAGUUGAUAGUGCAAUCGGCUCGCCGUUGUGGUCAGCUGGGGCAGCAUCAGCACCACUGGAUUUAGAUAUCAGCGAAAAAAGUGGGUCACCGAUAUUCUGUAAGAUACGACGAUUAAAUAAUAGUCCAGAAGUCACAAAGAAAUCCGGGAUUAUUGGUCAAAAGAAUGGUAUGAAAAAUCUAUUCAACGCUGAACUUUCAAAAGCACAAUAUGUGAAUGUGUACAGCGCAAAAACAAUUUUAUUUGGAAAAGGUAAGUUACGUGGUACGAAGUUUCCUUUUCCGCCAUUGAGGCAUACUCGUUUCUCUGACUCUACUGCUUAUGAAUCUGAUUCAGUUCAGAUGGAAAACAUGAAACCGUUAUUGGAGGGUUCUGCAUCUGCCUUUAAUGUCAAUCAGGCAAAGGCUUUGUUAUCAGAGAUGAACAAAGUAAUCCCUGAUGAAUCAAAUGCUAGCGGUAACCAGCAACGAAGAUUUUCAAUUGGAUCGAGCUCUAGUGGACGAGGUGGCUCCUCAGGAAUGUCUAGUGCAGAAGGUUUAGGUAGUGUUGCGGAGUGUUGUCAAACUUAA